AUUGAAGUCUACGUGGGAACACAUUUCUCGAGUCGAGGCAAAAAAGAAAUAGGGGAAGAGAGACUCUUCAAUCUCUGAACACGGCCACCCCAGCAGAAAAUCUGAGGAAGACUCUCAGGGACCCCGCCCAGCCAAGAAGCGUCGAGCCAGGCAGGCGGGGAGCGGGGGCGCCCCUGCGCAGCAACGGUCACGAAACGGUUCCGCCAUUGCUCGAGCGAGAGAGGCCUGGCCGCUUCGGCGCUGAGGGCCCGAAAUGGCGGCGCCAGGCCCAAAAGCGGCCCUCGCUUACUAAGAGGGGCCGUCCUGUUCUCUGAGGGGAGGAAUCGAGGAUGGGCGAAGGAGACUGAGAAGAAUCUCGCCUUGGGGGAACCCCACUUUUGGAGAACCGACCCAAGGGGCUGCUUGCCUUUUGGGCUCUUCCGGGAAGGGGCGGCCAAGCAAGGCGGAGAGGCGUUGGCAGGGGAAGGGACUACACAGGUUGCUAUGCCCGGCCGGCGUCCGCGCCGGGGUUGGGGUGGUGGCUUCUCUCCGUCCUUCUCGUCCCUCCCAUCGCCGCCGUUGACUCAGCGCUAGUUUCUGCGAGUCAUGCUCGGACAUGUCGGGCAGCGUUUAGGGAAGGAGGCAAAUGUGCAAUACUAAAAUGGCUUCUCCUGAGCAGCCGGCUGCGGGCACGUCUGGCACCAGUCGUCCCGGCCAAGAAGCGUUGGUUAAACCCAAGCCUUUGCUGUUGAAACUGUUAAAGUUUGCUGGUGCACAAAAGGAUACUUUCACUAUGAAGGAAAUACUAUUUUAUAUUGGUCAAUAUAUCAUGUCCAAACAUCUGUAUGAUGAAAGGCAGCAGCAUAUUGUCCAUUGUGAAAAUGAUCUUCUGGGUGAUCUUUUUGGUGUACAGAGUUUUUCUGUGAAAGAACACAGGCAAUUAUAUUUGAUGAUUUACAAAAACCUGGUAACAGUUGGACAGCAAGACUCUAAUAUUGUUAACACCUCUGUGAAUCAAUCAAGGUGCCAACUAGAAAAUGGAAAUACUCUGAAGGAAUUAGUGCAAGAAUCAAGUGACACAACUGCAUCUAGGAGGAGGGCACACAGUGAAACGGAAGAAAGUGUUUCAGAAGAUACAAAUGAUGAAAGACAGAGAAAGCGGCACAAGUCAGACAGCAUUUCCCUUACAUUUGAUGAUAGCCUUUCAUGGUGUUUAGCAAGCGACCUGUAUUGUGGUCAAAGCAAUGGCAGCAGUUCCACAAGCUCUCCCUCAAGUCCAGAUCAUAAUGCCAGUUUGAGUGACUGGUUUGAUGAUGAUUCCGUCUCGGAUCAAUUCAGUGUUGAAUUUGAAGUUGAAUCUAUCCAUUCAGAGGACUACAGCCCUAAUGAAGAAGGACUUGAGCUUACAGAUGAGGAUGAUGAGAUCUACCAAGUGACUAUAUAUCAAGCUGAAGACAGCGAUAUGGAUUCAUUUGAUGAUGAUCCUGAGAUCUCCCUAGCUGACUAUUGGAAAUGCUCAAACUGCAAUGAAAUGAACCCCCCUCUUCCACGCCAUUGCCCCAGGUGCUGGGCUCUUCGGGAGGACUGGCUCCCUGAUAAGACAGGGAAAUCUAAAGAGAGCAAACUUGAAAAUGGUACUUCACUGGAACCUGAGAAAGCCACACCACUGGAACUGGAGGAAGGUGUUGAUGUGCCUGACUGCAAAAAAGGGAAAAUGGAUGAAGGUAAAGAAACAGAAGAUGCAAAAGAAAGCUCAGAGUCUCAGGAAAGUGAGGAAUAUUCUCAACCAUCUACAUCUAGCAGUAUGCUGUGCAGCAGCCAGAGGGACUCUAAAGAAUCUGAGAAGGAAGACACUGAGGACAAAGAAAAAAGCCCGGAAUCCAGUCUACCUCUGUCUAGUAUAGAACCUUGUGUUAUAUGCCAAACGAGACCUAAAAAUGGUUGCAUAGUACAUGGAAGGACAGGACAUCUCAUGUCAUGUUUCACAUGUGCAAAAAAACUAAAGAAACGGAACAAGCCCUGUCCGGUCUGUCGACAACCAAUUGAAAUGAUCGUGCUAACUUAUUUUUCCUAGCUGGAAUGCAAGCAGACUUUUCAAGGAUUAUAGAGUGACACAAGAUAAAAUAUUUUGGAAGUUUACAGACGUGUGUUUUUAUUUUUCAAAUGAGUCUUAAACAUUGCACUGGAAUUUUAGUUUAAUCAUAAUGUUUUCAAAAUCCUUCUUGUCCAGAGACAUACAAUUAGCCUAAACAGCCAAGUAUGUUCAUGCAUAAGACCAUGUUAACUUAAGAGUGGUGUGUAGUGAUUAGAGUGCUCAUGGGUGACAAUCUUUUUAAACAGUUCUUCUCCCUUGGUUCAAAUGCGAAUGAAUUUGUACUUCAGAUCUUCUAUUUCUAUAAAUUGUCUAAUCAGAAAAGAAUUGGGACUGUAUUGUAAUUGUGUGUGUAUUUGUAUAUCUUGGUUGCAUCAGUUAAUGAGUUCAUCAUAUUUUUAUUAAACAGGAAACUUGUACAGGUGGUUCUCUUGACCACCAUACGGUUUGGAAAUAGACAUUAGCUAUGGGAUUGUGGGUGUUCCUUCCCUCCCAUUAUUUUUUUCCUCAGGGUACAAUGGCCAGGUGAAUGGCACUUCACCUGGCCAUUGUACAAGAGAUAACAGGAUACUCGGAAGCGGAGUUGGAAGCUGAUGAACAUGUCAUUGAAUAUUCUUAAUACCAGUUUCAGUGCACCCUCUAACCACAGUUUAGGGAAGAUAGUGCUUUGAGGCUGGGUAAACAACCAGCCCAUCGUCUCUUAAGAAAUCUCUUUGUUAAAUAUGCACUGCCCCCUUCCUAGAGGUAAAUAUGCAUUUGCUGCCCAUAGCACCCAGGAAUGGUUUAAGUAUAGCCUGUGAAACUGAGGGGAGAGACAGAGUGAUGAUCAAAAUCCCUUGAAUUCUGCUUGAAGAUGCUGUGGAUCAUAUUCUAUCUGCAUUUCUGUGAUUAAGUUCAAAAGGUCUAAAAAUUUUAAGUUUUUGUUUAGGUUUUUCCUCAAAAUUUAUCUAAAGAACUUGCUGUUUUGUUAAGAGUUGUUUUUAAAAGGACUUUUAGUUCCACUAUGAGAGAGGAUUCAUAAGUCAAUUCAUCAAGCAAAUAAGGAGUAUUAAAAUACGUAUUUAUUUAGCACAUCCAGAGUGGAGAAAACAUGAACAGUGUUGUCCUAUAUGAAAGCAGUACAAAAUUUGAAUUAUAAAUAUACUGAUAAGUAAAUAUAUGACCAGUUCUUCAAUAAAUUUAUCAGUUGAUGGCUCUCA